AAACAGUAAACUACACAUUGCAAUUGCAGUCCCACUUUCACGCACGCGCAUGAAACCCUCCUACUUUUCUUGGCCCAGACGGCUCGCAACCGCCCACGUUUAUAUCAAACACCUCCUUCUUCCACUAUAUCUCUAUUCCCCUUCUCUGUUUCACAGUCUCAGGAAGCCAUGAAUAUGUAUAUCAGUGAUCAAAUGUUGUUGCAGUGCCCUCCUAGGCCCUUGCCCAUGGAGAGGAAAUGGAAAUCCCAAGUGGAACUUGCUCCCCAUUGCCCUCGUUGUGCUUCUUCCAACACGAAAUUUUGUUAUUACAAUAAUUACAGCUUGUCUCAGCCUAGGUACUUCUGUAAGGGUUGUCGAAGGUAUUGGACUAAAGGUGGCUCUUUAAGGAAUGUUCCUGUUGGUGGUGGUUGUCGUAAAACUCGGAGAGCUAAGUCUGUUAGAGUAUCGCAGAAUGAUCGUGAGGGUUUCGGGAAGAAUGAUUUUAGUGGUUUUGAUGGUAGAAUUAAUGGGUCUACUGGAGAUUCAAUGGCUCAAGGAACUGUAGCUAAUGGGUCGUCGUCUGAGAUUGAUCUUGCUGUUGUUUUUGCCAAGUUUUUGAAUCAAGACUCGAGCUUUCAUCCAGAAUUUCAGGCUCAAGAGACGAGUACUGCACCAAAUUCUUCAACACCUGACAGUGCUGUGAUUGAAGGCGACGACAAGAUCACGGAUCUGAUUCAAGAAUCUGAUUUAUUACUUGAAGGGCUACCUCCAGUGACUGUGAGAGACCAUGAGCAGCAAGAAGAUGAAGAAAGAAUUCAGGAACUCUUGGAAAGUCAAGACAUGGAUGCAUUUGGAUUGCAAACUUUGCUGGGAGAUGAAAUGGUGCAAGAUGCUUUAUGGUCUGAAACUGCGACCUUGCCAAAUUUUACAUGGGAAACUGUACAGCCCCAACAAGAAUUUUAUUCAUUCUCAGUGGAUGAUCAGCUAAAGAUUUCUGCCAAUAAUCAUACAACCGAUAAUGCUUGGAGUUGCUUGGAUCUCUCGGGGUUUGAGGUUUCUUCAAGACCUUGACGUAUACCAUAGAUUUACAAGAUUUUUGUUAUUAUAUACAUAUAUAUUUUUCUUCUUGAAGGAAUUUAGCUUGAUUUUAACUGUUACUUUCCCAUGAAAAAGAAGGGGCCAUGAUGUAGAUGUUACAUACAAAAAACAAUAAAAUUAUAUAUACUGGAGAAAUAAGCUUAUUAUCAA